GGAGUCCUGAAUCUCCCACAGUCUCCAGAACCAUACUUUGGAUAAUUACAUUUAAAGUGCACAGAAAAGGGCCAGGAAUAGUAUUAGUAAUUCAACCCAGACAAAGGUCACCCCAUGAAUAAGAAAGAAUGCAAUUUUAGCAUUUACAAAUUGUGGGGGAGGGAACAGAGGGGGAGAAGAAAAUAAGAGGUGAGGAGGGGAGAAAAAGGGUCUUCUGGCGGCAGGAAGUGGGAGGAGACUUUGCAAACUGCAAUCUUAGGGCUGGGGCCAUUUUGGAAGCAUUUGCGAGGCUCCGCUUCUACAAGUAUGGAGAAGGCAAAAGGCAAGGAGUAGACCUCCACAGAGAAGUCGAGGGAAGAGGAUCAGCAGGCUUCUAAUCAACCAAACAUGAUUGCUUUGCCAGGAACAUCAGCAAAGGGAACCAAAGAAAAAAAGUCUGUCAAAGGCAAGAAAGUGCCCUGUCCUAAGAAGAAGGCAGAGUACAGUGACAACCCCAGACCUCAGAAGAAGAUACCAAUCCCUCCAUUACCCUCUAAACUGCCACCUGUUAAUCUGAUUCACCGGGACAUUCUGCGGGCCUGGUGCCAACAGUUGAAGCUGAGCUCCAAAGGCCAGAAAUUGGAUGCAUAUAAGCGCCUGUGUGCCUUUGCCUACCCAAAUCAAAAGGAUUUUCCUAGCACAGCAAAAGAGGCCAAAAUCCGGAAAUCAUUGCAAAAAAAAUUAAAGGUGGAAAAAGGGGAAACGUCCCUGCAAAGUUCUGAGACACACCCUCCUGAAGUGGCCCUUCCCCCUGCGGAGGGGCCGCCUGCCCUGGAAAAUUCCACUGCUCUCCUUGAGGGAGUUAAUACAGUUGUGGUGACAACUUCUGCCCCGGAGGCUUUGCUGGCCUCCUGGGCGAGAAUUUCGGCCAGGGCGAGGACGCCAGAGGCAGUGGAAUCUCCACAAGAGGCCUGUGGUGUCAGGUGGUGUGUGGUCCAUGGGAGAAGCCUCCCUGCAGACACAGGUGGUUGGGUUCACCUGCAGUUUCAUGCUGGUCAAGCCUGGGUUCCAGAAAAGCAAGAAGGGAGAGUGAGUGCACUCUUCUUGCUUCCUGCCUCCAAUUUUCCACCCCCGCAUCUUGAAGACAAUAUGUUGUGCCCCAAAUGUGUUCACAGGAACAAGGUCUUAAUAAAAAGCCUCCAGUGGGAAUAGAAUAUCAGGAAAAAGGCCACAUCUAUGGUAAUUAAUGGCAGAAAGUCUGGAGAGUCGGAUUCCGCGGGGCUGCUGACAGGUGAACUCUGGUCCUCUGCACACCUGUUUAUGGACCGUGCAGACUGGUGGGGUGGCAGAUGUUAGCCUAAGAGCCCUAGCAGUGCCUGUUGCUUUGUGAGUGGAGAUAGAGACUCUCAGAUUUAAAAAUGGAAAAACAUUUCGCAAAUUACCAUAAAUUGUAGCUAAUAUGUAGAAAAACUCAUUCGUACUACUUUUCUAAAAUAGACAUGACUUCAGCAGCAGCUCUUUUUUGUUUUGUUUUGUCUUUUGAGACAGUGUCUCACUCUGUUGCCCAGGCCGGAGUACACUUGUGCAAUCUCAGUU